GUGCUUGUAUGUAAGUACGAAAAUGAAUGUGGCUUUACAACACAAAACAUACUGAUUUACAAACAUAACUUCCUUCUGGCCAGAAAAUCCAUUGUUGAUUAGUCAAUUUCACAGAUCUCCAAAAUUGAGAAAUUAAGACCCUGCAAGAUGUAGUCAACUGAAAUGUCAUUUCAACAAAUCAGCUGAAAUGUGGAACCUUAAUCUUGUAGCAUAGGUAGUCUUCAUAUAUCUUCUAUCCUUUUCUAUCUGGCAGAAUCACGUGAGUGUAGCAUUUUUGCGUCUGCGCAUUUUAUUCAAAAGUCUCGUUUGACCGCCAUAUAAACUGUCAAGUCUGAAAGCACGCUUAACAUAAUUUUUGUGUAAAAAUAUUGAAAUAUCGUCUUGCUACCAGUGGAGUAGUAGUUUUUGUGCAUAAGUAAAUGUUUGUGAAGUUUUCCAAGUUCUGUCAUCGUAAAUAGUGCCGUAACAUUCUGUCUAACGGCCUAGCCGUUAUUGCUACAGGAACAUGCCGAUUUUUGUGUUUGUUUCCUGUUGAACUGGCUAAUUAAGAAAGAUUUAUCAAAAGCUGACCUUUGCAGAGUGCUUUCUUAUAAAAAUAUUAUCAUAUACCGGCGGUAAAUAAAACGAAAGUGUUACGUAAAUAUUGCUACACACGCUAUCACCUGUCAACCUACAAAUCUUAUGAAAAUGAAGGACCAUCAAGAAAGAUUUCAAUCAGGUAGUAGUACUGACGAAAAUGAUUCGGGUUCCGAUCAUGAUCAUGAAGAUCUUCAGCAACAUCAGCAGACAUAUUCUACAAUGGUCACCCAUCCCAUGAAUACACCCAUUCGUAAGAGGCGAGGUAAUCUGCCCAAACAUUCUGUAAAAAUCCUGAAGAGAUGGUUAUAUGAACAUAGGUACAAUGCUUACCCCAGUGAUGCUGAGAAACUUACAUUGUCUCAAGAAGCUAAUCUCACUGUAUUGCAAGUUUGCAAUUGGUUCAUUAAUGCAAGGAGAAGAAUUUUACCAGAAAUGAUCAGGAGAGAGGGUCAUGAUCCAUUACAUUACACAAUAUCUCGUCGUGGAAAAAAACUCGGUAGCAUUAAUAGUCUGAUGGAUCAGCCUACUGCAAAUUGGAAUGGAGAUCUGCAUACAAUUGGUGGUAAAAGAAUUCGUUUAGAUCAUGACUAUGAGGAUAGCAUGACAUUAAUGUACCGAUCUGAGGAAGAUAGUCCCAAUGAGUAUGAAAGUUCCAGUCCUAGUGAAGAAGAGAAGUUCACACCAUGGCAAACUGUCAUUAGGUAUGGGGUUCCAAAGGACAAUGGCCACUUAUCUGGUAGAUGUUCUCCAGAAGAAAAGAUGUCCAGUGACUACUGGGGAGCUCCUCAUCCACAAUUGGCACACUUACCUCAAUUGUCUCAUCCUAUGUCCAACAACCCUAAGGUGCAAGUUAUGCCAGCCCACAAUGUUGACCAACUCGCUGAUCCAUUGACAGAUCCAGCCAUUGAUGAAAAGGACAAAUUCAAAUGCCUGUACCUAUUGGUGGAAACUGCUGUUGCUGUACGACAGCGUGAGAAGGAGCAAGAAGACACACAGAUGUAGCUGGCUGCCUACUGAGACUGAAUUGUGCUCUGUUAGGUGACCUCAGCUGCACUGUUGGUGUCUUGUAGAAUAAUGGAGGAUUUUUAUAUAUGUACACCAGAAGACGUAUAAAAGGUGCAGAGAUUGUUUUUAUUCAAUGGAAAAUUAUGUUUAGUUGGCGGCUGAUGAAUAGUUCUUUAUUCCUGUAGCCCAUACAUGUGUCUUUGUGUCUUAGGUAUCAACAAAUUACUACAGAAUCUCAUUAAAGAGAAAUUGAUAGUUGAUAUAAGCAAUAAAUUUCUCAAUCACAAUAUGAAACUUCACAAUUGCUGUUAACACCAAAUUACUUUAUUAUGUAAACUAAGAGCGAAUUACCAAUAUUUGCUACAGUGACAUGUGGCUACGGUUCUUAUCUCAUUUUAUUCAGUAAAAUCCGGGCAAUUCCUAAAAAUUAGUAUGUUAGUUUGUCUUAGUUAUGAAAGCUGCAUGUAUUCAUGUUUUACUGUUAAUCUUCUGGUAAUUUUUGUUUUUAUGAUGGUCAGUACACAAUUAUGGAUCAGAAAACAACUUUUAGGAUAUGUAUUUAAAUUAAAAAUGAAUUUAGGAUUGUAUUAGUAGGGGGCUCAAGAGGCUAAAUGGUGAGUAACUCAAGUGUCAUAGGGAUCCAGUGGUUGUCAAAAAUGUAGAAAAAAGUUACAAAAUUAGAUAUACUGUUUUUUCGGCUUGAUGAUAUAGGCAGAUUAUACAUAUUCGUUAUCCCACUACAAAUGAAGUCAGGAAAAAAUUGAAACGAUUCUACGAAAAUUGUUUUUCCGUCUCUCUCCGGAAGUACUUUGAAUUUUGCUAAUUUACCUAAAUACGCAACUUUUGAGCGACUUCGCAUCUCCUACAGUUUCAUAGAUCUGUAUGGUGAUGGUUGAAACACCCUGCAUAUGCUGAAUCUACUCAAUAAGAUACAACGUAUCCCUCGUUAUGUUAAUCUGCCGAGCUCGAGUAAAUCCAAAAAUUCCAUAUUGGGCUUCGCUACUUCAUCGACUCAAGAUACUUAAUCUAUGGCGACUAAAAAAUUGUUAACACAUCUCGAAAAUUUCAUACAAAAUGUAAUAGAAAGAAAUUUGAACAAACCUAGUGCUAGGCGCGUUCUUUUUUCCAACAAUAUUUUGUUUUUGUAAAUCAUAUGUUUUGCCAUUGAUACCGUAUUGUAUGGUAUGUAAUGUGACUCUAUGUCGAAUUCACCAUAAAGGGUUCCAACCAUAUUACAGAUUACAAUGUCUUUGAUCAGAUUCCAUAGCCUUGACACAGGGCCUUGCAUGUAGCUUUCCACUGUUAGACCUGUGGUUCCUACUAUCUGAAACCGUAGCUUUGCCAGGCCUUCACAGUGACACAGUAAAUGCACUGAGGUUGUGUCAUGCUCUCUGCAGAAACGGUAUGUGGCCUCUUCUGCCAGACCCAAGAGUCUCAUAUGUCGAUUUAGACGACAGUGACCUGUCGGGAGACCCACUUGGACCUUAUGGCCUUCCUAUUGAGUCCGAGAAGGUCCUCCUGUAAAAGCGUGCCUUCGUUCUUUGAUGAACUCUUGUGCCUGCCUUUGCCCUAGUUGGCUGUUCCACCAUUCUAGAGACUUGUUCUUGGUCCAAUUUCUGUUUGAUGCGUGUUCUCGUCACACCACAGAAAGGCUAUGGUCCGACUUUUUAUUUCCUUUGUCCUUCAUGUCCUGGUACCCAGAGCAAAGUUAUCUUGUUUCGGUUUCCCAGCUCUUUGACAGUGUUCACGCAAUCCCAUACUAGUUUAGACGAUAUUUGCAAUGAACUUAAUGCCUUUAUGGCUGCCUGGCUAUCCGAGCAGAUGGCAAUCGACUGAUUUGCAGCUUCAUUCCUUAUUAGCUCUUUUGCACAGACUUGUAUGGUCGUUACUUCAUUCCAACCAUAUUACCACCUUAUUAGAUAUAUGAAGCGUUAGAUUUUCAAUUUUGUGUUAUUAAAAUUCAAACCGGAGGAUUGUUGUGAAACAAAACUCACCAUUUAGUUAUCAUAAGGACUCCUCGGGAACUACAGUUAGAUAGAUCGGCCGGGCUUAUGGCUCGAGACAUCUCACAAUACGCCGGCUGAUCAGCCUGGAUCACAUAUUCACAAUCGAUUUGUAGAUUACGAAAGGCACUAAUAUUAUUGCAGCUCAAAUUGCCAGCAAUAUCGAAAUUUGAAACUGCUCAAUUUAGGCGACCUCGUAUCUUUUGCGUUGACAGUAAUUGUUACAAAAAAAUUGACAAUCUAAAAUGGCUAACUAAAUUCAAUGCGCCUCAGUUGCAACUGAGGUAUAACUGAAUUCUGAGUUGAAACAAUUUGGUUUGCAUAUUGUUGGAAGUGAUUAAUGCAUAAAGUGAGAAGCACUUCUACAUUCUCCAUUGCAAAGCAAUCUUUAGCAUCUUGGAAAUCUAUGGCAUUUUAUGAGUUGUGUUAUUUUUCUUAGUAGAAGUAGUGUGUACAUUUUUAUGGUUUGUAUUUUUGAUAACUAGCUGAAGAGUGAUAUUAGAACUACCAAUUAAUACUGUUCCAAGUUGUAUUGUGUUUAUUUUUAAUACGAUUAAACUUUUGUAUAAUAAAUCUCAAAAAACAUAUAAAUCCACUGUUUCAGAAUGUAUCCCAGUUUUGUUAUAUUUCAUAAAAUUGUCGUGUUAAGUUUGUAAAAUUAAACCAUGAGUGGAUUAAAAUGUGGAAGGUAGACAACAGUGUUAUAAUUUAAGCGCUGACGAUGCGGAGGAUUUUUAG